GAGGGAGAGGGUGCGGGAACGGAAGCCCGCGAAGCGCCCUGCUGCUGCUUCUUGCUCGCGAGGGAGCGACCGGGAGCAGAGGCCUCCGCAAGGACGCAGCCGGCGGAUGGUGAGGAUUACGCCCAUGGCCUCCGCCGCCGUCGCCGCCGCCUUCCGACCACCUGUCUCCCCCUCUUUCUCCGCCUUUCGAUUGUCUCCAAACUCUCGCUUCGGUCGCUCUUCCUCCCCGUCCUCCGUCCCUCCUCGUCGGCGCGCUCCUCCCGCCCGUCUCGGCAGCGGUGUUUAUGCAGUUCUACAUCUGGAGCAGCUGUUAAAAAAAAAAGUAAAUUGUACAAUGGCCAGUGCGUUUGGAAAUACAGCAGAAACAAGCACCCCAGUUAAUCAAGAAGAGGCCUUAGAGUGGGUGAACAAGGAUAAUAGAAGGAUGCUUCAUGUUGUUUACCGUGUUGGGGAUCUGGACAAGACAAUAAAGUUCUAUACAGAGUGCCUGGGGAUGAAGUUGCUGCGGAAACGUGACAUUCCUGAGGAAAGAUACACAAAUGCUUUCCUUGGAUAUGGCCCCGAAGACUCACAUUUUGUUGUAGAGCUUACAUACAACUAUGGAGUUGACAAAUAUGAGAUUGGCACUGGUUUUGGUCACUUUGGUAUUGCAGUUGAAGACGUUGCAAAGACAGUUGAUCUUAUCAAAGCCAAGGGAGGAAAAGUUACCAGAGAACCUGGACCUGUGAAGGGUGGCAAAAGUGUAAUUGCCUUUAUUGAAGAUCCUGGUGGUUAUAAAUUUGAGCUUUUAGAACGAGGCCCUACACCAGAGCCCUUAUGUCAAGUAAUGCUUCGUGUAGGAGAUCUUGACCGUUCCAUAAAUUUCUACGAGAAGGCAUUUGGUAUGGAGCUUCUACGCAAGCGGGACAAUCCUGAAUACAAGUAUACAAUAGCAAUUAUGGGAUAUGGUCCUGAAGAUAAGAGUGCAGUGUUGGAGUUAACUUACAAUUAUGGAGUUAAAGAAUAUGAAAAAGGGAAUGCCUAUGCCCAGAUUGCAAUUGGGACAGAUGAUGUGUACAAAACUGCAGACGCUAUAAGAUUAUAUGGUGGAAAAAUAACUCGUGAACCUGGUCCGUUACCUGGCAUCAAUACCAAGAUUACUGCCUGCCUAGAUCCAGAUGGCUGGAAAACAGUCUUUGUCGACAAUAUAGAUUUUGCUAAAGAACUGGAGUAACUGAUUUGGUAGCGCCCAACGAUAAUACAAGAACAAAGUUGACCAGCUUCUAUCAUGUACCUCGGACUCGCCCUGACCAAUCGGGUAAAGAAGCCACAUCGGAAACCAGUUUGUAGAUAUGCCAUCGAUGUAGCAGUGUGUACAUGUGAGAUCAAAUUUUCUUUUCCUUUUUUCUUGUUCAGGUCGGUCUU